GUCAACGUCAGAAAGACGCAAUUUCUAUUUAGAGUUGGUCUUACUUGAAAUCACUAAAAAUGCAAGACGUUGUAGCUCCCGUAACAUACAUACAGUUUGACAUAACUGCAUCUUUGGAGAUGCAGCUUGGUGCUCUUCCUCUUCCAUUUCCAGGGAUGGACAAGUCUGGAGCAGCUAUUUGUACAUAUUAUUUAAGUAAUGUUUGCAGUAAAGGUGCUGCUUGUCCAUUCCGCCAUGUAAAAGGAGACAGAACAGUUGUAUGUAAACAUUGGUUACGAGGUCUAUGCAAGAAAGGAGACGAUUGUGAAUUUCUCCAUGAGUAUGACAUGACAAAGAUGCCGGAAUGUUACUUUUUCUCAAAAUUUGGUGAAUGUAACAACAAAGAAUGUCCAUUUUUACACAUAGACCCUUCAUCAAAGUUAAAAGAUUGUGCAUGGUAUGACAGAGGAUUCUGUAGACAUGGUCCUAAUUGUAAGAACAGACAUGUGAGAAGAGUCAUCUGUCAGUGUUAUUUGAAUGGUUUCUGUUUGGAGGGUCCAAAAUGUAAAUUUAUGCACCCUAAAUUUGAAUUGCCAGUUUAUGAGACGAAAGAAAUGACAAAGAAACCAAUGAUCACAUGUCAUUUUUGUGGAGAGACAGGACACAAAGCUAAUAGCUGUUUUAAACAAGGACACAUGCCGACAGGAAUACAAGAUGGCAAUAAAAUAGAAAUUCAGGCUCAGGAUAUGAAACAACAAUUACAGGGAUCACAUGCACAACAGAAUAUGACCAGUUCUAUCAAACCAAUGCCAGAUUACAGAAACCCAAUGAGACCUUUAGAUCAAGUUACAUGCUUCAAGUGUGGAGAAAAAGGACAUUAUGCCAACAAGUGUAAUAAAAGCCAUCUUGCUUUCCUUAGUUCGGGAGGAGGACAUUGAUAUUGUUAUAGUGUUCUCAAUUGUUAUAACUAUAUGGACUAUGUUACAGAGAUAUAAAAUGAAAGUACAUGUGA